AUGAUGUCAUCCACCCUGGUGGAAACAGUCUCCAUCAACUACGAUGACUUCAAUGACAGCUUCCUGACCUGCGGGACUUGCCUGUGCACCUAUGACGGCCAAGAACGAACCCCCAAGCUCCUCCCAUGCUCUCACACGGUCUGCCGGAACUGCUUAGAGCGAAUCAUCGCCGCCCAGACUCUGGACACUGGUUCGUUCCGCUGUCCAAUAUGUCGAGAGACCAUCCAUAUCCCUCAAGGGGGCGUGGUCUCAUUCCCACCUUCAUUUAUAGUCAACCAAUUACUGGACUUGAUGGCGCAACAACGAAGAGACGUGAUACCCAAAUGCUCGAUUCACGCUACACAGGAACUGCUUUUCUGUGAAACAUGUGAUGUGGUUUUCUGUUUGCAGUGCGUGGAUGGCAAUCAUAUAGGGCGUGGCGCCAGCGAGCACACUGUUAUACCAUUCGCUAUUGCCAUCAAGAGAAUGUCCGAGAUCCUGUUGUACAAGGCACAUCUGUGCAUCAAAAACUUAAACUCCGCCUACGAGGCGGUGUCAGAUGAACUGAGACAGUUGGAACUUACUGUGGAUAAAACAUUGGAUUCUAUCAACAGGUCAUUCCAGGAUGUGAUUGCUGUGGUAGAGAGACGCCGACACGACUGCCUCCAGUGGGUGCGCAAGAUCAGGGAGGAGAAGAAGACGGUCCUCAAGGAACAGUUGGAGCUGAUUCAGGCCGAGAAGGACAAAGUGCAGCUGGAGUGUGACGGCCUGCAGUAUCAGGUUGAAGUCAGAAAUAUCACCAAGAAAAUCAGCGACCUCAACGAGAAACUGGACACAACCAGUUCACUGUCAGAACCCAGGGAGAACUCUUUCCUCCGCUAUGAAUACAAACACAACGACGCCCUCCGGGAAGUGGCCAAGGCUGUUAGCAACUUCGGAGCUAUCAGGGUCAGCACCACGUUUCCAGCUCUCACCACGGCGGAGGCAAAAAAAGCUGUGGCUCAUUUACGAACAUCUGUCAGAAUACACACCGUGGAUUAUCAUGGUAAUCCUAGAUCUUCAGGUGGAGAUCCUAUUUUAGUGGAUCUCAGAAAUGAAAAGGGUGAGGUGGUGGAUUCAAAGGUGAAGGAUAACGAUGAUGGUACCUACGAGGUUUUGUACCUGCCCAACAAGCCAGGGAAAUUAAAGAUGUCAGUGAGCAUAUUUAACCGACCAAUCAAAGAAAGCCCAUUAAUGAUUGAUGUUAGUGAACAUAUAGAGCCAAUCUGGCGGUUUGGUUCUCGAGGUACCGGCGCUGAUCACUUCAACCAGCCCACUAAAAUUGCAACGGGGCUGGAGGAUGUUGUUUAUGUUCUUGACACUGGUAACAGUCGGAUCAAAGUUCUAGGGAAGGACGGGUCAGUUUUGAGGCAUCUUGGUCCAGUUGGGGUUGAGAAUCAAGGUGCUACAGGGAUUAGCGUGUUGACCAACGGUCAUCUUGCUGUCAUCAAUUGGCGCACAAAAUUUGUAACAAUUCUGGAUCCAACAGACGGAUCAUUAGUUAGACAGUAUACUGCCGAUGCGUUCGUUGAACCCAUCGACGUUGCUGUGAAUUCCCGUAAUGAAGUCAUUGUUGCAGACAGCGGCGCUCGGAAAAUAUUCAAAUUUGACCAAACUGGCAACCUGGUCACAACGUUCGGAAGCCAUGGAGACAAGGAUGGACAGUUUAAGGUGAUUUCUGCAUUGUGUGUGGGGAAGAACGACGAAAUCCUGGUCGCUGAUCAUCGCAUUCAGAUAUUCAGUAAGGAUGGGAAGUAUCUUCGGAAAGUCGUCGAUUCCGGGGAAGGAUCUUAUGGAGGUUUGGCUGUGGACAGUGCAGGGAAUAUUCUGGCAACAAAGACGGAGAAAGCGUACAAAGGAAGUACAAAUGUAGGAGGAGCUUCAAAAAAGGAGAAAGGAUCCGGGGGAGGCGGCCGAAGCUUUGUACAUGUUUUCCACUCCAGCGGAAAGCUGCUGUACUCUAUCGACAGUAGCACUGACCGACUGAAGCGGCCGAGCGGACUUGCAGUCAUUAGUGACUACCGGAUAGUGGUCACAGACCUGGGCAACAACUGUGUGAAGAAGUACUACUAUAAAUGA